AAUAAGCUGAUUAUCAGUUAAUAAUCAGUUAAUAAUCAGCUGAUUAUCGAUCACUCAAACAGCUGGGAGGAAACCAUCUGGACUGAACUGACUUCUGGUUGAUCCGCCUUUGUGAUGAGUAAUGCUAGCCUUCCUCUGGAGGAUGAGGAGGAUGAGGAGAGGUUAGGUUUUGUCAUGAUGCGGACCUAAAGGAAACUCAAAGUGUUUGGUACCAGAGAUGCUCACAGCCUCAUCUGGACCGAGCCAGUGGAGCCGAACGGGAGCCAUGGUUCUGGUUCCGGACGCGUGGAGCCUCCUCUGCGUCUGCAUGCUGAACAAACAGGCAGGGGGCGCCGAUGAGAACCCCGGAGGAACCCGGAAGAGACUCCUGGUGAAGAUCUGGACUCGCCGCAAACAGAAGAACCAGCCCGCAGGCGACCAGCCGGACGGCGGGCAUGAGGAGGAGGAAGAGGAGCGGCAGGAGGAAGAGCAGCUGGAUGACCUCAGCAGGAAGCUGAUCCUCAGGGAGGAAGAGCUCUUCACCCGGGACGGCCGCAGUGAGGAAGAGGAGGACCAGCUGCUGAAGGACUUUGAGUCCCUGAGCGUCCGGGUCUGGAUGGCCGUCCACAGCAGCUUCGACACCACAGCGCCCCCCGCUGGACGGCCGGACGUCCUGAGGAGCGCCGUGGACGCCGUCCUGCAGCAGGAGACGCAGGACCAGCGCUGGACAGAGCGUCCCGCGGACAGCGUCCCCGUCUGGAGACCGCUGAGGUGGCUGAGGACGCACAACCUGCUGCUGCAGAAAACGGUGGAGAAACGACUGAAGGACGCAGAAGAGAACGAGACAGGAGACACUGGACAGCUGUCCUCUGCCACCAAGAGACAGAGCCUUCAGAGGCUUCAGAGCCUUCAGAGGCUUCACAGCCUUCAGAGGCUGCUGGGUCGAUUCCUUCCCUGGCUCUUGGUGCCGGAGGUCAUUUCUCUUCUUGGUGUCAUGAGAUGA